AUGGUGGAGGCGCUUAUUUGGUACAUAUUCAAACUACGGGAGGAAGCAGUGUGGAAAGGGGUCAAUGUUCACUGCAAUUUGAAGCCGAUCACACACUCACAAUUCGCAAACGAUACUACCCUCUUUGGCGAAGCAACUAUAUGGGAGGCGAAGGUCAUCAAAGAUUCUUUGGAAAUGUAUGCCAAUGUUGCUGGACGACGAAUAAAUGACAAGAAAUCUGAGAUUUUCUUCUUUAAUACCAAAAAGAAUAUACAAUUAAAAAUCUCGAGGCUACUUGGAUGGCCCGUUGGUUCCCUAUCGGCAAAAUACCUAGGUGUACCGUUAUUCUCUGGUUCUACCAAGACUGCAUUAUGGGAAGAUCUGAUUUCCAAAUGUAGGCAAAAGGUUGACGCCUGGAAGCAUAAAUGGUUGGCUCUUCUGGGAAGAAUACAAUUGAUUAAAGUUGGGUUGUCUGCCAUGCCUAUUUAUGCAAUGUCUAUGUUUAAAUUAUCUUCCAAAGCUAUACAGGCUUUGGAAAGAUUUCUUUAA